AUGACCUUUCUUAAGGAUGAUUCUGAUGGAGUUUGGAUUGCCUGUGGGAUUUGUGAAAUUGAUAAUGGAGUGUGUGACCACAGUCAGUUAUUCUUUGUUAUUGAAUGGGGGAUUAACAGAAAGAUUCCAAGCAAAAAAGGGAUUAAGAUGAGGAGACCCCAUGUCUCCUUACUUGUUUGUGUUGAUGAUCUGAUACUAUGUUGUAGAGCAAACAAGAUUUCAAUACAACUAUUACUAGAGAAACUCAAUCAUUUUUCUGAGGUUUCAAGUCUGCAAGCUAAUAUGGAGAAGAGUGCACUGUAUAUUGCUGGGGUUUCUAAAGAAUUUAAGGAACAAAUACUAGAAGAAUUGCAAUUCAUUCUGGGAGACCUUCUAUUCAAGCAUUUAGGUGUGCCGCUAUAUUCAAAGAAGCUGUCUAUUCAACAAUGGAUGCCUCUGGUUGAGAAGAUAACAACAAGAAUCAACUGUUGGACAUCAAAAUUCUUGUCAUACAGUGGGAGAAUGCAACUGCUAAAGAGUGUGGUUUUUGAUAUGCAAACGUACUGGGCACAAGUUUUUUUACUGCCUAAGAAGAUCAUUAAGAUGAUAACUACAGUAUGUGGAACUUUCCUAUGGACCGGAAUUAAUGAACCUUCUAGGAGAGCAUUGGUAGCUUGGGUCACUAUAUGUAAGCCAAAAUCAGCAGGUGGACUUAAUGUUUUGGACCUCCAUUAUUGGAAUAAGCCUGCUCUGUGCAAGUUACUAUGGGCUAUAACUGAACGAAAGGAUACUUUGUGGAUUCAAUGGGUUCACAGCUUCUACAUCAAAAACAGAAAUGUUGAAAAUAUGAGUACUCCAAAGCAGGCAUGCUGGAUAGUAAAGAAGAUUUUUGAUGCAAGGGAUUGGCUUAGGCAGAAUAAUCCUAAUGAAACUCUAAAAACUUUUGCAAGUCAAGUAAGUUCUGUAUUAAGAAGUUAUACACUGCCUCAAGACCACAAUAUCAGAAGUGCAACUGCAAGAGACUAA